GUAUUGUUUCGUCUCCUCAGGUGACGUCGGAGCAGCUUGUAAUGCUUUUGGAGCUUCUGCUCGAGGAAGAGAAGCUGAGCGCGGCGACAGUGCGCACUCUGCAGAAAACAUACAAACUACAGACUCAAGACGCUGAGGUUCGACAUCGCUGGUGUGAGCUGGUGGUCAAACACGUGCACGCUCAGGCUUAUAGAGACGUGGAACACUUUCUGGUGCAUGACCAGGCCAUGGGCGUGUAUCUGUACGGGGAGCUGAUGGUUCAAGAAGACCGCGAGCAGCAGGCUCUGGCCAGGCGCUGCCUGUCAUUGGUCCAGGAUGAAAUGGACCAAUCAGCACGCAGAGUGGUGGAGGAGAUGGUCCUAUGACAUUUGAGGCGGCUGAUUACGGGCGGAGAAGACAGGAGUUUGGCUCAAAGGAUGGACGAGGGUCCAGCUCGUCUUCCUCAGAAGAAGAGGGGAUGCUGCAGAAUCGCUCAGCAGUGUGAACACCACGAGGAUGUGCUUUUACUCCACAGCCAAGGCCAACUGGCAAGUUGUAAAGCAGCAGAUGUGUUCAUUCGAAGCUGGAAAAGAAAUCGCUGGUGCUACAAGCUGUUUGUAGUGAGGUACAAUGUUGUUGACUACGCUGCGGCUUUCAAAUGAUUCUGAUCUUCUCACUGGUUUAAAACUGAUAGAUAACAGGAUAAUAAGGAUAUUUCAUGGAUGGGGUUUUCACCAUGCCAGAUUUUAAACUUCAACAUGAUACUGGUAAAAUUCAAACGAAAACAAAACCUGUUUGGGUAAAAGCGGCAGAAAGAGUCCUAGGCAGCUAAUAUUCAGACAUUUCUUGCUUUUAAUCACCAAACAUUGCAGGCAAGCUUCUGCACGCUGUUUAAAUGUCAUGAACACUGAAAUAUUAUCAACCUAUCUGUGUCAUUCAGACAGUGCUCGCUCUUUCUCUGGUGGCAGACUGAAGAGCUGUAGUUUUUUUUUUCUAAAGCUUUGAUACUUUUUCUCUAGUAUUGUUAAAAAGAAGAAUGGAGUUAGUAUCAUAUCAAAACACGUGCUAUUAAAAAGUAGCCAUGUAUUACAAAUCUGACCACCUUAUACAUGCAUAUAGAGGGAGAAGCUGCAUUCAUGUUUAAGAACCUGAGCUGUUGUGUGUGUGAGUGUAUAUAUGUGUGUGUGUGUGUGUGUGUGUGUGUGUGUGUGUGUGUUCACAUCUGUUUAGUCUGAAGUCAUGUUCUGUUUCUUAACAGUUUAGACUGGACGUACUCUUUCAGGCGAGUCAUGGUUCAGACAGAUGACAUCACUUCAGCCUGUAAUAACACUGUAGUGUAAAUGUAAAUGAAUUGCUUUUUGCAACUUUUGUAUUUUUGUAAACUUUUCAUGUUUGUUUAAAUGUAAGCACAAAUCUUUGAUAUUUUCAUGUCAAAUAAAAUAAAAAUUAUAUCUCAUGAAA